GCGUCGGAGGGCGCGCUGGACCUGUACAUGGAGAACGUGGUCACCUACACGUCCCGCGGCGAGCGUGGCGGAGCUGCGGCGCGCGCCGCUGCAGGACGUGGCGGCCGCCCCGCGCGCGGCCAUGACGUCGGUGAUGACCAGGAGCAGGUUCCAGGAGCUGGUGGACUGGGUGGAGGUGAACAAAUCGACGUACAAGGACGGCGGGAAGUGGACAGAGGCGGUGAACCUCGGCCUCGGGAGCCCGGCGCUGGUGAUCUCGGGGCUGCUCUCGUUCGCCAUCAACGGGGACCUGGGGUUCGGGAAGCCGAGGCUGGUCCUGCCGUGGCUACGGCCGGCUGGGGUCGGCGUCCGUGACGGUCGUGCCCUGCCCGGGUGGGGACGGCUCAUGGUUCGUGGGCGGCACGAGGCUGUGGCCGCGGCUGGUGGAGGUGAUCGCCCGGAGAGCCUGCUGAAGCCGGUGACCGCGGCGAGCCUGGGGUUCGAGGCGCCCCACGGCUCUCGUCUAUGAGCUCGCGGCGGGCUCUCUAGAAAUUCUGUAACUUGUAGAGCUCAUUCAUAAUAGAAGCAAUGGGUAAAUUUCCUGUGCUUUAAUGAUUUCUCUUUGAGAUUCAGAAAUAUGUUC